AUGGAAGAAGAUAUAUUCACAAGAAUUAAGUCAAAUGAUGCAACUAUAAAGGAUUUAGAAUUGUUGAAAAGUCAAUUAAGAGAGGAUUCAUUUAGAUCAUCAGAUAUAGUCAAGAACAAUCUUGCAAAUUGGAUUCAAUAUUGUAAUAAUAACAUUACUAAUGAAAUACUACGAGAUCUUAUUCUUCUGGUCAAUAUUAAUUUAUUAGCUAGAAAUGAAUACAAUAGAUCAUUUUUCACAAAUUCAAAUGAAGAAAGUAUUAAAUUUUGGAAAUCAAUUAUAAAAAUUUGGAAUGAAACGGAUUUAGUAUUGUAUUUAUUAUUACAAUUUAUUUAUGAAACUGAAAAAUCAAAUGAAUAUGUGAGAUAUUUUCAUGAUUUAAAUUUACAUAUUGUAAUAUAUGAAAGUUUUAUUGAAUUUGAAAAUAUUGAUAUAAUUUAUGAAAUAAUAAUUGCAAAUAAUGAUAGAUUGGAUGAUUAUGAUAAAAAAUUUAUAAAUUCAUCUUUUCAAUACAUGAAAAAUUAUCAUGAAUCAGGUAAAUUUGAAGAAAUAGACCAGAUUUUCGAUAUCUUAGCUUACGCUGAUCAAGAUGAAGAUUUAUUUUUGGAGAUUGCUAAUCUGAUGGAUAGUGCUUCUACUGAUGCAAAAUUUAAUAGAAAAUUAUUAGUUCUUGCUGUUGAUAUCUAUCCAGGAGGUAUGGAUCUUUCAAAUGAUUUUUUUAAAGCAGAUAAUUACAAAUUUAUACUUUAUUGUAUAAUAUAUGGUAAUGAAAUUCAUGAUAAAGAAUCAAGUGAUAUAGUAUUUAAAGAUAUUGAUUCAAAAUUUGGAAUUAAUAAAUUAAUUAAUAAAUUUUUUAAACAACAAAAAAUCACAGAUGUUGUUCAAUUACAAGCAAUACAUUUAUGGACAAAUUUAAUGAAUGAAUCAAUUGCAAAUGAAAUAUUGAAUAAUUACCAAAAAGAAUUAUCAAUUUUAACUAAAAUAAUUAUUGAUAAUCAUGAUUAUUAUAAAGAGAUUACAGCAUUGUAUUCCAAAUUUUUGAAAAAACUAUUUAAAUUUACGAGUUCAAACACUCCAACAGAAUUGUUGGAACAGGUUUCAACAAAUACCAUCCCAGAAAUGUCUAGUGCUAGGUAUGUAGUAAUUCAAAAAUUGAAUUAUGAUAGUGAUGAUAGUCAUUUUAUUGGAUAUUUAAUUGAUGAUUGUACAAAAAAAAUAAAUCAUCUUGAUCUUUUAGAACAAAUAAAGACAUUAUCUAUACUAAAUAAUCAUAUCCUUCAACGUAAAAUUAUAAUUGUUGAUCAAAUGUUUGGGUUUCAUCUAUACAAUUUAUUAAAAGAACUUUAUAAUCAUUCUUUAAAAUUAUCAGAAAAUUCAUGGAAUGAAAAAUUUUUUAAAAAUAAUUUAAAAUAUUUAGCUGCAUCAACUUUACAGGUUUUUGAAGAUGUUUUGGAUCCAAAUGAAGAUAUCUCCACAAUAUGUAAUACGAUAAUAAAUAGUUGA